AUGCCAGACACGCCAGAACAGAACCAGGUUCCCGGAAUGGAACAAAACCCUAUUCUACCUAAUCCAAAUAAGAUAGCCGGAUAUCAAAAUUUAGUAACUAUUUUUGACGGAGAAAUUUUUACUAAUGUGGAGUAUUUUGUCAAAAACUUAGAGGAUAUUGGGAAAAUUGCACGAUGGAAUGAUUCUGAACUUAUCGCAGUUUUGAAAAGUAAAUUAAAGGGUCCAGCUUUACAGUUUUUCAUGAACGAUCCAGAAUUAAUUAAUGAGGAGCUAUUUUCAAACAUUAAAGAGAAGUUUAUUAAAUUUUUCGAAAAUAGAACGACCUUAAGUCAUAGGCAGCAACAGUUCUCCAACUGUCGCCAAAAUCCCGGCGAGUCGGAGCGAAAUUUUUCUUCGAGGGUCUCAAACUUAACGGUGAAUUAUUUUGGCCUUCAAAAUUCUAGCAAAGAAGACGCAGGACCAAUUGUAAAUCAGACAAAACUAGCAAAAUUUCUAGAGGGAUUACAAACCCCUCUUAAACGGUUGGCGUUCAACAGAAAUCCAUCCACAUUUGAGGAAGCAGUUGAAAAUGCUCUCUUGGAUGAAAUAAAUAUGCAGUUCACUGAUGAUACCGGAAACUGUAAUAAUUGUGCAAUAGAACCCCAAAGUGCAAUCCAAAAUAAGCUAACAGAAAUCCUUGAUAAGCAAGCAGAAAUUUCAAAUCAUAUGAUUAGUACACUAACAAACCACAUACAAAAAAUGAGCAUACAGGAGCAAUCGCCUCCUCCCCGUUACCCAAGCCCGCGUAACCAUCAGAGAAAUUAUCUGAGACAUCAGUCAUGCAUUCACUGCGGCCGCGAUAACCACCCAUCGCGUUCUUGCUGGUUUCAGCCUAAUCAAACAUACUCAAAUAAUUAUCGCUACAAUCGCUCGCGAGUAAGGGGAGCUAAUCGAGGUGCACGAAACAUUGCAAACAGAUCUUAUGAAAACUCGCAUCAGCCGUUUGAGUUAAAAAGGGAAAAUUUCAGCCCUUCUUAUCAAGCUAGGUCAUUCACCCGUGGUGCAGAUAGGGGAAAUGCGAGAAACAAAGUCUCCGGGGAUAGUAAUCUUUUAAACUACCCAAGGAACCGAUAA